UAAUCUCUCUUAUUUUUUUUUCUUUUGCUCUUGUGUGUCUUAAAGCAUUGCAUCCUCUCUUAUUUGUAGGAGAAGGACAACGCAUCCACCGAAAAAUAUAACACCGUCUACCGAAUUUCCUUUUCUUUUUUUCUUUUUAUUGUCAAAGCUUGUGAGUCUUACAAGGAUCCAUAUUUUUCCCUUUUUUUAUUUACUUAUUUUCAACAUGUGUGGGUCCUAAUGAGUGGCACCACACAACAAAUUGGUAUCAGAGCACAAAUAUCAACAAUUUUUCACCUUGAUUCAUUUUCAUGUAAAAAUUCCCAAUUUUCCAUAUUAUAUAGACACGUGCCUAAAAACAGUGGACUAAGCUCCAUAUCCGCAAAUUGAGAAAAAACGAACUUUCAAAAAGAAUAAAAAAUCAAAAGGUUCUACUGCUCCACCACCACUAAUGGCCGCCACCGCUUCUGCUGCUAACCUAAAAACACUUAUCUCCCCAACUGAACUCUUAAUUACUACUUCUCAUCCUCCACAAACUAUUCUCUCAUCAAAAUUUAUUUCCUUGUCUUCAAAACCCAAUACCCACACUGAGAUAAGCUCUAACAAGAAUAAGAUUUAUGAUGCUGUUGAUUCUUGGAAAUGGAGGACCAGAGUUUCCUUCUUUCAGGGUCUUUUGAAAAAAGGUAAAGAUGUUAAUAGCCUUAAAGAAGAACUAUUCGAGGCUAUAGCUCCUCUUGAUCGUGGGGCUAAGGCUACACCUAAGGAUCAAGAACGAGUUGAUGAGAUUGCUCGUAAACUUGAGGCAGUGAACAAAGUAAAGGAGCCUUUGAAGUCUAAUUUGCUGAAUGGGAAAUGGGAGCUCAUAUAUACAACAUCUCAAUCAGUUCUUCAAACAAAGAGGCCAAAGUUGUUAAGACCAAAUGGAAAAAUCUACCAAGCAAUUAAUGUUGAUACUCUAAGAGCUCAAAACAUGGAAACUUGGCCAUUCUUUAAUCAGGUCACUGCUAAUUUAGUGCCUAUAAAUGCAAGAAGGGUAGCUGUUAAAUUUGACUUCUUCAGGAUUGCUGGUCUGAUACCUAUUGCAUCACCUGGAAGUGGGCGUGGUCAGUUGGAAAUCACUUACUUGGAUGAUGAGUUAAGAAUUUCAAGGGGAGAUAGAGGAAAUUUGUUUAUUUUGAAAAUGGUGGAUCCAUCCUAUAGAGUCCCUCUCUAAUGAAACUCAUUCUUGAAGAGGAUGUAACAAUGUGAACUAUACAUAUACAACAAGGGUCCGUUGUCCAGAAAACUCGAAUAGGAAAUCUUCCACUCUUAGCAUAAAUGAAAAUACUAAUCAAAUCACAUCUCGUUAGCAACUAAAUAAAAUUUAUUACGGCUUAUUAUUAUAUUUUUCUUUAUUUUUCUAUAUUCCGUUUAUUUCCCUUGGUAAUAUAGACUAGACUGUUUGAGAAAUUAACCAGUAUCAAGCUAAUGAAUUGUUAUAAUAGGAAGGAAUGAGGAAUUAGAUGUGUUUGUCAUGUAAAAGGGGUGACAAUGGCUGAAUUAUUGAAUUGAAAUUAGGAGCAUUUUGUCC